AUGAUACUCACCCGCGAGCCACAAAACAUCAAAACCAUCCUCUCUCUCAAGUUCAACGACUACAAGGUUGGAGAUCGUAUUAAGUCUCAGGGAAAACUUCUCGGUCAUGGUAUCUUCACCGCUGACGGAGACCACUGGGCCCAGUCUCGCGCCCUAAUCAGGCCCAAUUUCGUCCGUGAGCAGGUGGCCGAUCUGUCAUUGUUCGAGGAUAUGAUGGGCGAUCUAUUAGCCUUGUUACCGACAGAUGGGCAGACGGUUGAUCUGCAGGAACUCUUCUUCUCGUAUUCCAUAGAUUCUGCGACGGAGUUCCUAUUCGGUCAUUCGGCGCAUAGCUUGAGGAAAAGAUCCCAACCGACAACGGAGAAGGACUCGGAUGACGACUUUGCUGAAGCGUUUAACUAUGCGCUGAAGGCUGUCGCAAUGCGGUCUAGACUGGGGUUCCUGCGCACAUUCUAUUGGGAUCGCAAAGAAGAGCAGAGUAAUCGGAUUUGCCACCGGUUCGUGGAUAAGUAUGUUGAUCGAGUUGUCAAGUUGCAGGAGACGAUGGAUCCUAGCGACGAUCAUAAUGAGGAGAAGAGGAAGAAUGAAAAGUAUCUCGUCAUUCACGAACUCGCGCGCCAGACAACGGACCGUCGCCGUAUCCGGAACGAGCUGAUCAACAUCCUCCUGGCCGGCCGAGACACCACUGCUGGCUUGCUGAGCAAUCUCUUUUUCAUGUUGGCCAAGCAUCCAGAUAUCUGGAGUAAGUUGCGGGAUGAGGUCACGACGACGUUGAAUGGCCGUCUGCCAACGUAUGAUGAGCUUCGGAAUAUGAAGUAUCUCAAGUAUUGCCUGAACGAAUCCCUCCGUCUACACCCCGUUGUCCCAACGAAUGGUAGGGUUGCCAAAAACGACACAUUUCUCCCUGUUGGAGGUGGGCCAGAUGGCCAGUCUCCGGUAUUUGUAUCAAAGGGAACCUUUGUGGUGUACUGCGUGUACUCGAUGCAUCGACGAGUAGACAUCUGGGGUCCCGAUGCAAACGAGUUCCGUCCUGAACGUUGGGAGUCCAUGCGACCCAGUUGGGAGUAUCUUCCGUUUAAUGGCGGACCACGCAUCUGUCUGGGCCAGCAGUACGCCUUAACUGAAGCAGGGUAUGUGACUGUCCGUCUAGCACAGCAGUUCCAAAAGUUGGAGAGUCGAGAUCCGGGUCCCUGGGAAGAGCAUCUGGCGUUGACUCUGAGAUCGCGAAAUGGCACUAAAGUGGGCUUGGUGCCUGCUUGA